UUGGAGCCGGUAGGUUUUACAAGAACCGUGAAGCGAUGUGUCCAGGAGCCACUGAACAUCAAGACCAUCGCUACGGACAGACACGUGACAAUCCGAUGCGUACUGAGGAAGGAGUUUCCAAAUAUUACGCAUCAGUUUGACGUGUGGCACAUGGCAAAGUGUGUUCAGAGAAAACUCCUAGCCGGAGGGGAAAGGAAAAACUGCAACGAGGUUCUGCCAUGGGUGCAGAGCGUGAUUAUUUCACUUAUUUGCUCCUGCGAAGAAAGAUGUGGAUCUCGAUACUGUGCCACGUCGUCAACAAACACAGUUGGAAUUAUGGCACAGUAUUUCACAGGUGUGCGCAUGAAGUGAGGGCUGAUGACAGCAAUACCGGCUAUCUGCGACCAGGGUCGUCCGCGCACAAACUACUCCGUCAGGUGGUGAUGGACAGGCGGCUACUGAGUGACAUGAGCCACCUCCCGGAGUGCUGUCACACCGGCCACCUAGAGGUCUACCACAGCCUCCACCUAAAGUACGCCUCAAAGCGUAUACACUUUGUGUAUAAAGGCAGGCAUUCAGUAAGGCCAGGAAGAACUGGAUCGUAAAAAACCAGUACAGUACUAAGACGUACCGUUUCCGCCAUGGAAUCUUGGGGACUGCCCUGGAUAUGCUGAAAGGAUGUAUGUACAUACUAUUUUACUCUUCAUAUAAUUGUCCUAUUUUUGUCUUCCUAUAAAUGUAUGUACUUCAUUCAGUCACAUGUAGCAGUUCACCAAAUUUGCACUCAUUGCAUAUUUAACAGGUUAUUCGUCUAUAGUUACAAGUUAUGAUUAGUAAUUCUGAAAUGAUAUCUUGCUUUAAAAAUUAAGGUGAAGAGGCAAGAUAUGCCAAAAUUCCAGCAUUACCAAACAAGUGCCGCAGAGCGACAGCGCUCACCUAACGGCAGAUGUUCUGAUGCUAAACUCACUGGCAAACGAAUGAAGAGCACCCUCCCAUCACCGCGUUCGCGCUCAGAACAUAUAUCUAGGAUGCUACUAAUACAGAUCUAAAAUCUAUGAUAGCUGUUGCGAAAUCUUAAUCUCGCCUGUGCCGGUUCCAUCAUGUAUGACACUCUUUCAUUGAUACUAAACAAAACACUCUAAAUAUAUAUAUCACUUGCUUUAUUUGAUAUACACUCUCCGUACAACCGUCUCCGUCUACACUCGUUUCCAAUCUGCCUUCCCUAUCUUGCAUUCCCCGUACCACUCUCUCUCCGUCGCGAACCCCGACCCCACACACAAUGUAGCAAUUAUCAUAAACAUGCAUCUAUAAAAAGUCACUCCCCCCUACACGUCAUCGCUCUCACGCCGGCGCCGCCGCGCCGAACUCAUUCUCCGUGAUUACACAUCAUAUAUCUCUACACAUUCACAAUCUACAUAUCAUCUGAUAUCAUCAAGAGUACAUAUUCAUACAAUUAUACAUUAGGCUAUAUACGUCUACAUGAUAUUUC